CGCAGGGAUAGGUGGGCGGGACCGAGCGUGCAAGUGCGCGCAGGGAUACGAUACGAGCGCCGGGGAGGAAGUGGAGAGGCCUCCCGGGCGGAGGAUGGUCCCCGCGGUGGGGUCGCAGCUGCUGAGACCGCCCUCUACUCCGCCGAUUCUUCUCUCUCAAGCAAUGCCAGAGAUGACAGAAAAGGCUCCUCUUAAAAAGCAGCACCGAAAGAAGAACCGCGAAACGCACAAUGCAGUGGAGAGGCAUCGAAAGAAAAAGAUAAAUGCUGGAAUAAACCGAAUUGGUGAGCUCAUUCCAUGUUCCCCAGCACUGAAACAGAGUAAGAACAUGAUCCUCGAUCAAGCAUAUAAAUAUAUAACAGAAAUGAAGCGUCAAAAUGAUGAACUUCUGCUAAAUGGGGGAAACAAUGAGCAAGCGGAAGAAAUAAAAAAGCUCCGGAAGCAACUAGAUGAACUCCAGAAGGAAAAUGGUCGCUACAUUGCAUUAUUGAAAGCCAAUGACAUUUGUCUUUAUGAUGAUCCCACCAUCCACUGGAAAGGAAAUCUUAAAAAUGCAAAAGUUUCUGUUGUUAUCCCAAAUGACCAAGUACAAAAGAAGAAAGGAAAUCUCAAAAGUGGGAAUGUUUCUGUUGUUAUCCCCAGUGACCAACUCCAGAAAAAUAUCAUUGUAUAUUCCAAUGGUAGUCAACUGGGUGGAAAUAGCCAGGGGGCAUCUGUUCAAGGAAUAACAUUUAAUAUCAGUCACAAUCUGCAGAAACAGACAGCAAAUGUUGUACCUGUCCAGAGGACUUGCAACUUAGUUACACCUGUGACCAUUUCUGGCAUUUACACCACAGAAGUCAAGUCUGGGGUUCAGACUUCAGUUUCUCCAUUGGUGUCAGACCCACCCAAUCCGACCAAGAAGAUUCUUGAGCCCUCCACUUCGAAGAAUGAACCUAUUUCUAUUAGUGUUGCUAACUCUAUGAACACCUCGCACUUAGUGAGAAUCCAGCCUGAAAAGCAGAGUUCACCACGAGAUGGAGAUGAACCUAAAAAUAGACCAGAUACCUUGAAGUCAGUUGAGAAGGCAAGCAUCCGCCUCCCAUCUAAUGCGAGUAUAUCUCAUGUUCAGUUGUCAGAAAUAGCCCCCAAAGAAGAUUCAAGAAGUGGGUCUCAAGAAGGCUGUGUUGUUUCAGCUGCUGAUACCACUUGUACUCCAUCUAUUAGAGUCUCUGUUGAUGGGAAGCCAUCUGCAGACAAGGUCUUCAAAAGUGUAGAUGUGGUAACUGGCAGUGGAGCACCAUCAUUGUCCUCCUCAUCAGAAGUUCUGAAGGCUGUAACAGAAAGCAACACCUUGCCUGCAACUACGUUAGAUAAGUGGCCUUUCCCCAGUUCUUCAGGUACUGGCACUUCAGGCUCCAAAAGCUUGGGCAGUCUGACACGAAUCACCUCUGCUGGAAACACUCAGACUACCUGGACAACUUUGCAGCUGACAGGAAAUACUGUUCAGCCUGUAAAUCAUACUCCGUCCAACAUAAUGACAGCUCUGUCAAGCCAGCCAGUGAAUGGGGCUAGUAUUGCCACUUCCCCUCCAAACAGGAUUUUGGCACCUCCUGCUGCUAGUUUAAGUACUCCUAUGCUUGUAGAUGAACAGACAGCAGAGCAAGUUGUAGCUACUUUGCCUUCCUACCCAUCCGUCCCCAUGCAGCCACUAGUCACCAAGACUCAGGUUCUGGCGCAACCUGCAGGCAGCCUCCUCUCCUUGAAUUCAGCCAUGCAGGUGAUUCAGAUGCCCCAGCCAGUCGUUCCUCCUGUCACUGCAUCACCUGUGAAUCAAAAUGUUGUCAUUCUCCAGCCUCCUCAGGCUAGUCCCUGUCUGCCGCUGUUGAGGGCUGACGUCCCCAGCCAGACCGUCAGCCAGCAAAUUGUGAUUAUACAAACUGCUAACCCAAAUCCUCUCUCCGUUUUCUCUGCCCCACCUCCUGUCCGAAUGCCCGUGAAUGGGGCCUCUCCCACAGCAGCUGCUAGCAAUUCUAUGCAAAAUGCCUCUGGGCCUCAGAUGUAUGGUGGGAAGCACCUUGUCCAUAUUUUACCAAGGCCGUCCUCUUCCUCAUCUUCUAGCUUGACACAGACAUUUUCAGUUGCAGUGUCGAAUCCACAGCUUCCACAGACUAUUUCUUUAAAUGGACAGUUGUUUGCACUGAAGCCUGUGAAGUCCUGUUCUGGAAGUGCAGAUCAAAUCCCUAUGCAAAUUAUUCAGCCUACUACUAGUGAAGAUCCAAAUACCAACGUAGCUCUCAAUACAUUUGGUGCUUUAGCUAACCUCAAUCAAAGCAUAUCACAGAUGGCUGGACAAAGCUGUUUGCAGACCCCGGCGAGUCAGCCUGCCAAUCCAGCUGUCAGCAGCCAGACAACACCAAGUAAGCGUAUUCUGCUGGCCACUCCAGCAGUGUCUUCAGCUGCUGAAGGCUCCAUAUUGACCAGUGUUUCACAAGCAAAAGACCCUUCUCCCUCCAAAACGCCUCUUGGUUUAGGCUCAAAUCUGCCUAAUAAAAACCUAGGUAGUAAAAAAGACUCAACAGCUGAAAGCAAUUUUCCAUGCCAAACAAAUUCUUGCAAAGAUUCCAAGAAACCUGCAAAUGAUAAAAUAGAGACUACACGUGAACAUUCAGAAAGUGACAUCUUGCUGGAAAAUGUAGCCGUUAACAUGUUGCAAAACUUUGACAUAUCCCGAGGAAAUAGUAGAGUAACGCCUAACGAUGAAAAUGUUUCUGAAUCUCAGUCCAGUGGCAAACUGCAAGCUGAACAGGAUGUGGAAUCUACACUAGCACAUGACUUAAACACAACUGCACUGCCUAGAUCACUGCCCCUUGAUUCAUCCUUAACAGAACAAUUUGAAGUAGUUGCACCAGUGUCCUCCGAAAGUGCUUCUCCUCCACUUCAAAAUCAUUCAGAAGUGAAAUCAAAGUUGCCAGAAUCAUCCAAAUGCAUUCCCAUUAGCCCUUUAGCUUCCUCUUCUUCUGCCUCAGACGUGACAGCUCCUCAGGUUUCUAGGACACCUGUGAAAAGCGGAGGGACCAGUGCUGAGAGUGUUCCCAGAACAGAGGUCUCAGAGAUCUGCCGAGUGGAGCAGAAUUGUUCCAUAGUAAUGCAAGCCACAGAUUUGUUAGAAGAACAGGGCCUAACCAAGAUGUUGUCUGAUUUAAGUAAAGUGGGAGACACUGUACAAAAAAACUUCUCAGGUGAAGUUCAGCACUCCAGUUUUUGCACCCAGAGUUCUCAGUCAGUCAUAGACUCAAAUGAUGACUUGGCAAGCAAACAGGAGGGGCUCUUGCUGAUGAACCCUGAAGAGGAUAAUCUUGCACAGUCUCAUCCCUGCACCUCUGAGCAAGAGGCAGGCACAGCUAAUAGACAAGCGGACUCUCCCAUGUCAACGGGCUCAGGCAGCAGCUGUGGCUUUUCAGUUGCAUCGAUGUUGCCAGAAACAGGUAGGGAAAAUGCUUCCAACAGCACUCUGGUGAAUACAUGUACCAGUUGCACAUUUUCUGAGCAAACAGAUAUUGUAGCAUUAGCAGCAAGAGCAAUUUUUGACCAAGAGACGCUUGCAAAAGGUACAGGAGCUGCUGUUUCCAAAGCCGGUGAAGUGGCUUCGUUAGGGAGAGACCAGCCUUUCAAAUCUCAUGGAGCUAAAAAUGCAGAUCAGAUAGAAGUAGCACCAAACAACUUUAGUACCCAGAAUUUAGUGCAAAUAAACCUUGACAGGUCAGUAGAAAAACAAAGUUGUUCUGUUGGAGUGGAAAUAUCCAAUGCAACAUUGCAAAUUCCAGCCCCCCAGUCUUCAAGCACAUCAAGCUUGAGUGUCAACAAUCUCAUACACCAAAGCUGCAUCAUCCACCCUGCCGUGAGCUGCUCAGGUUUGCCACCACCUUCAGACCAAGCAACUGUUCCUGUGACUGUGACUCAAUCUAUGCCUGUUAAUUCAUAUCUCAAUCAGUCUCCAGAACACUCUCCAGUGUUAAUGACAGGCUAUGCUUCAGAACAGCUGUCUGCUCUUCGAACAACUGCCAUGCAGGCUCCUCUGAUGCGUGAACCACACUUAAAGCAGCAAAAUCAGGGAACCCGCAAAGACUCAGCCAAGCGAUCUGUUCAGGACGAUCACCUCCUUUCCACAUCAAAGAGACAGAAACAGUGCCAAACAGCACCUCUGCAGCUUGAAGGCAUGGCUUUGCUGAACCAAACUGUUGAUGAUAUUACAGACCAAAAUCGAAUCCUUCCCAGUCAGAUCCCUCCCAACUCAUCCAAUCUUGCAGUGUCAGUGAGCAGUCAAGGCCACACUGAUGGCCACAACAGGUUAUUUCCAAGCGGCAGUUUUGUAUCACCUGCUCUGAGGCAAGCUGAAGUUCAGUGUAAUUCUCAGUCUUCUGUCUCAGAUCAGGCAGGGCAACAUCUUCAGCCUAUUCAGCAUGUGCCUGCUCAAGGAAUGGCUCAUCUUCAUAAUAAUCACCCAUACAUAAAACAGCAGCAACAACAGGCUGGGCAGUUAAGAGAAAGACAUCAGUUGUAUCAACUACAGCAUCACAUUUCUCAUGCAGAAAGUUCAAUCCACUCUCAAGCCCACAUUGUCCACCAACAAAGAGUAAUGCAUCAAGAGGCACAAAUGCAAAAGAAAAGAACACUUAUUCAAGCAGCCCAGCCCAGCACACUUGCUUUACAGCAGAAACAUCAUGGCAGUGACCAACCACGGCCAAAGAGCAGCCAACCGCAUCCUCAUCAUACACAGAUUCAGCAGAUGCAGCAACAUUAUGCAUCUUCUCAGCCUGAGAAGAGCUGUGAGAAUCCUGCUGCCAGUAGAACUCACCAUACUCAUCCUCAGAACCAUCUGAAUCAGGACAUUCUGCAUCAGCAGCAGCCAGAUGUGGGCAAUAGACAGGCAAGUUCAGGAGUUUCUUCUGAACAUGUGCCAGGACACAACCAAAUGCAGAGACUCAUGACCUCAAGGGCUUUAGAGCAACAGAUGGUGUCCCAACCUAGUAUUGUCACCAGACCAUCAGAUAUGACCUGUGUUCCUCACAGACAAGAAAGAAAUAGAGUUAGUAGCUACUCUGCAGAGGCACUUAUUGGGAAGUCUCCUUCUAAUUCAGAACAGAGGCUAGGAAUAUCCAUUCAGAGCUUGAGGGUUUCGGACCAUCUUGAAAUGAGAAAUUACCUUGAUGUGUCUAGGAAUAAAGGACUAGUAAUCCAUAACAUGCAAGGCCGCAUGUCAGUAGACCAUACGGCUGGAUCGGAUGUUCAGAGACUUCCCGAGUGCCAGACAUUCAAGCCAAAUGGUCCUAACCAACAGCCCACAAACAAUUUUGAUGUGCAGUCCUCCCGAAGUGGUGAAAUAGGUAACUCAAUGUCCUCUCUCAGGAGUAUGCAGACACAGGCUUUUCGAAUUGCUCAGAAUGCUACGCUUCCUGUAGACAGACAGAAGAGGUUGCCGUAUCAGCCAGUUCAGGGCAUUUCAGCAGGAAAUCCUCUUCCUCUCCCGAGGGAUAGUGAGAAUGUAUGUCAUCAAGGAUUCAUGCAGAGUUUACUUGCCCCUCAUCUUGGAGAUCAAGCCAACACAAGCCAAAGACCAAUUUCAGACCAUCAGAGAAACACACAAUGUGCUACUUCUUCAAAUAUUGAAUAUAAUUGCCCCCCAACAAGAGACAGUAUUCACAUCCGACGAGAAAGUGAUGGCCAGAAUAGGGAGAGUUGUGACAUGUCCCUUGGUGCUAUUAACAGUAGGAACAAUUCAUUGAGUAUCCCCUUUUCAAGUUCUUCUGGAGAUAUUCAGGGUCGCAACUCGAGUCCUAAUAUUUCUGUCCAGAAAUCUAAUCCCAUGAGAAUGUCUGAGAGUCAUGGAACAAAGGGACACAUGAAUACUCCAGUGUCUAGCAAUGUGCACGGGGUUGUUCGGCCUCCCCUUCACCAUCCACCAGUCUCCCGUGGGAAUGCUGAACAAGUCCCACCCUCUAUUCGUCAACCAAAUUCUUCAGCUACUCAACGAUCAAGGCAUCCUUUGCAAGAUAAUGGUGGUGGUUCUAAAAUUCGCCAACCUGAAAGGAAUCGUUCUGGAAAUCAGAGACACGGCAGUGUGUUUGAUCCUAGUCUUCCUCACCUUCCUUUGGCUGCCAGUGGCAGCAUGAUCCUUGGACGGCAACAACCUACCCUGGAAAAAAGGGGCAGUAUUGUGCGAUUCAUGCCCGAGGGAACACAAGUGUCUAAUGAUAAUGCCACUUCUGAUCAACAGUCGCUCCCUCAAAACUUUGGGUUCCCUUUUAUUCCAGAGGGUGGAAUGAAUCCUCCCAUAAAUGCCAAUGCAUCAUUCAUUCCACCUGUGACUCAGCCCAGUGCUACUCGAACGCCAGCCCUGAUUCCAGUAGACCCUCAAAAUACAUUGCCAUCUUUUUAUCCACCUUAUUCUCCUGCCCACCCACCCCUGUCCAAUGACAUUUCGAUUCCUUAUUUUUCUAACCAGAUGUUUCCUAAUCCAAGCACAGAGAAGCCCAGUGGCGGAAGUUUAAAUAAUAGAUUUGGCUCUAUCUUGUCUCCUCCCAGACCAGUUGGCUUUGCUCAGCCAAGUUUUCCUCUUUUGACAGACAUGCCCCCAAUGCAUAUGGCCAAUUCAUCGCACUUGUCCAAUUUUAACUUGACUUCUUUAUUCCCAGAAAUAGCAACAGCUCUUCCUUCAGACGGUUCCGCAAUCUCGCCUCUACUGUCAAUAGCAAACACUUCUGCUUCGGACUCUUCCAAGCAGUCGUCAAAUCGCCCUGCUCAUAACAUAAGCCAUAUUCUAGGUCAUGAUUGCAGUUCAGCUGUAUGAAAAUAGUGGGCUGGGUGUUGGAAUGAUUUGUUGUUGUGUGUAUGCAUGUGUGGAAAUGCAGUUUAUGUAUUCACAUGAAUGCAUUUGAAAUUGCCAUUCCUAAAGAGAUGGCUUAACAAGCAUCACUGCUUGGAAUAACGUAUACAUGGGUAGGUGCGUCACUGUUCCUACACACCCAUGUGGCUACCUUAAUGUAUCAGUGCCUAUCUCAGUGCUCAGUACCACCUUGAUCUCUCCUAACAGUAUAUGAUAUUUCAGAUGAUCAUUUCGGGGCCAGGAUGAACCCUCUGAAGCAUAACUAGACAUCAAGGACCCUGGAAAGUUGCAGUUAUAAUCCUUGGAAAGUAGUUGUUUCACUCCCACUGGAACAAAACUUUUGAAUCUGUUUUUGCUAUCUCACUUGUUGGAUUUUUGUAUUAAAAUUUGGCAGAGGAAUUUGCUGGGUUUCUAAGGUACGUUCUGGUAUGUACAU